AUGUUCCCCUACAUCGCCCUUGUUUCAUUCAGUUUUCUGUCUGUUGUGCUUGCGCAGCAAGUGGGCACGUUGACGGCGGAAACCCACCCGCAACUCACUGUCCAGCAAUGCACGCGCGGCGGCAGCUGCACGACGCAGCAGCGGUCUGUUGUGCUUGAUGGCAAUUGGCGUUGGCUGCACUCGACCAGCGGCAGCAACAAUUGCUACACUGGAAACACUUGGGACACGUCUUUGUGCCCGGACGCCGCGACCUGCUCGAGGAACUGCGCGCUCGACGGUGCAGAUUACUCCGGGACAUACGGUAUCACUAGCUCAGGCAAUGCGCUGACGCUCAAGUUCGUCACCCACGGACCGUACUCGACCAAUAUUGGCUCGCGCGUGUACCUCCUCGCCGACGACAGCCACUACCAGAUGUUCAACUUAAAGAACAAGGAGUUCACCUUCGAUGUCGAUGUCUCCCAGCUGCCUUGUGGCCUCAAUGGUGCACUCUACUUCUCCCAGAUGGACGCCGAUGGUGGCACGGGAAGGUUCCCCAACAACAAGGCUGGCGCGAAGUACGGUACCGGAUACUGCGACUCUCAGUGCCCUCAUGAUAUCAAAUUCAUUAACGGCGAGGCCAACGUACAAGGGUGGCAACCAUCCCCAAACGAUUCGAAUGCAGGCAAGGGGCAAUACGGCUCCUGCUGCGCAGAAAUGGAUAUCUGGGAGGCAAACUCUAUGGCAAGCGCGUACACGCCUCACCCGUGCACCGUCACCACGCCCACGCGCUGCCAGGGCAAUGACUGCGGCGACGGCGACAACCGCUACGGCGGCGUCUGCGACAAGGACGGCUGCGACUUCAACUCUUUCCGCAUGGGCGACAAGAACUUCCUUGGCCCGGGCAAGACCGUGAACACCAACUCCAAGUUCACCGUCGUCACGCAGUUCCUCACGAGCGACAACACGACCUCGGGGACGCUCUCCGAGAUCCGGCGACUAUACGUGCAGAAUGGGCGGGUGAUCCAGAAUUCGAAGGUGAACAUCCCAGGCAUGGCGUCGACGCUGGACUCGAUCACCGAGUCGUUCUGCUCGACGCAGAAGACUGUGUUUGGGGAUACGAACUCGUUCGCGAGCAAGGGCGGGCUCAGGGCGAUGGGGAAUGCGUUUGACAAGGGCAUGGUGUUGGUUUUGAGUAUCUGGGACGAUCACGAGGCGAAGAUGCUGUGGCUCGACAGUAACUACCCUCUCGACAAAUCUGCGUCCGCUCCAGGUGUCGCCCGCGGAACGUGCGCGACUACGUCCGGGGAGCCCAAGGAUGUGGAGUCGCAGAGCCCGAAUGCGCAAGUCAUCUUCUCUAACAUCAAGUACGGUGACAUCGGUUCGACAUACAGCAACUAG